AAUGGUCGAAUUCAAUCGUUCUCGGAACAUAAGUGUGAAAACAGCUACUAGUAACGGUGCAAAAAAAAAUUCUCGAAAUUUUCUUCCAACACCUCCAAAGAAAUGCAAUCGCGCGCCUUAAUAACUGCAUUCCUAUUCUUCAUUGCCGGUAGCGGUAUUUUUAUUUGCAAUGUCUCGUCGGACGAAAUUAAACAUAGCGGCAUUGUAACGGUAACAAAUGAGACGCGUUAUUUUGUCCAGCACCCGGAUGUCAAUCCGGUAGUCUUCAACAAGGAAUAUUACGCCAAGGGCAAUGUUAUUUUUACAACUGGCGAACGUAUCGAUGGUGACCAUUUGAUUUUGACCUUCAUGGAUGAGACCCAGUACACCCGCGAUGAAGACGUUGAAGUCCUGUUACGUUAUCCAAGUGACGCUUGCAAUGGCAAUGACAUUAGUUUCAUCUCAAUCUAUACCUAUAUCUCCUCCUUGGCAGCUGAUGCAUACAUCGUUGAUGGCGGCAUUCGUAAAUCAUGUGCUGAGAUUCUGAUGGUGGCCAAUAAGACAUCCAACUUCGGCUAUCAAAUUUACAUUUAUGGUUAUUGAUUCAAAUGCAAACCGUCCAAUUCCAAAAUACACUGUAAAUAUGUAAAAAAAACAAAAACUAAAACAUGAAAUAGAAAAUUAACCAAAUGGCUUAAACAAAGAUCUGUGAUGAAGUAUCAACAAAAAUCCCCCAAAAAAAUGUCUCAUUAAAAAAACAUACACACACACGAGGAAUCAAAUGUGAACAGUAUUUGUUAAGAUUUUGUUAUGACAUUAUCUAGUUGUUAUUUAUUGUUAAUUUUAGAUGUUUAAAAAAAUAGUUAUAUAAGUUUAUUUAUUUUUUUGACAAAAUACAUACGUUUUAAAAAAGGA